GAUAAAUUAAAAAAAAAAAGAUAAUUUAGCAAGGGCUAUAAUAGGCCUUACAUGUUAAAUUUUGCAGGACGUUCUUUUGAGGCAUAUUGAAACUCUUUCUGAAAAGAAGAUACUGCCUGCAUGUGAUUUAGAGACUUGAAAUUUGGGACUAAAAAACAGGAAACUGAUCAGAGAAGAGAUUAAAGAAGACUAUGAUGGCGACAGUGACUGUUGGGCACGUGGAAAUGAAACAAGUUCAAUGGAAAAGGUUGUCACGUGAACAUGAAGAUCAUUUGUUUAUCAGGAAAAGCACAUUCAACAUCAAUGACCUAAACUUUAACAAGAGGUCUAAAUACAAGCUGCUGGUCCAUUUAAAACCGCUGCCUAAGUCCGUCAACAAGAGAAAAGUCAAAAAGUUUGUCCGCACCUUGAUCAAGGCCGUGGAUUACGGAGAAAGCCUUCUGAUUGAGCUUAACGACGAUGUUGCUACGCUUAUCGGAAGUGACGUCAGCCUAAUGAAGAAAAAUGUCAUAGGGAUACUAAAAGCAACAGAAUUCGAUGAACUUUUAAAUAAAAAAAAAAAAAAGGACGUGAAUAAAGCAUAUUUGGCGUUUAAACGCUUUGUUGUAUUGGAUGGCGCUGAGCUAGAGAUUGAUGCAACCGCAAGAGAAGUAUAUAGAUGCCGAAUCAAUUUCGAUGAUGAAGGGGAUGAAGAUGACGAUGACGAUUCCGACGAUGAAGGUUAUUACUAUUCAGACGAUGAUGAGGACGAUGAUGAGGAGGAGGAUGAGGAGGAGGAUGAGGAAGAGGAGGAGGACGAUGAAGAAGAUGAUAAUAGUCAAAAUGACUAUCCAGGUGUAGAGAAUGGUGCUCAAAUACUGAUCAAGACUAAAGAGAGCUCCAAGACACAUGGAAACAUUAUAGCAUUAAAAGAUGCCUGUAAGGUGGACCUUUUAAGAAAACAAAUCUAUGAAGUCACUGUAAAACAUUAUGAACUUUCCUGUGAUGACAUCAAUGCCUUCUACCUGAGACUGGCCCUUAACCACAAGGAUGAGAGCUCGACUAAUGGAACAAAGAAAAUAGAAUUGGACAACAAAGGUCUUCAAGAAGUAUUGCAAGUUAUUGUUGCUGACUUCAAGACAGAUUUUUUGGAACUUUUACUGGAUCAGCUUAAGUCGCAUGAUUCACUCAAAAAGACACUCAAUACGGUUAUUGAGGAUCUCAAUCGCAAACCUAAAGAAGACGAAGAACCAAACAACUACAACACCUUUGUAGACUUUUUAGAAUCAGUCGAUAUUGAAUUGACAUGCCCUACUACAUUAGACUGUUAUGACAAACUCUUUAUGGAUGCUAUUGUGAAUGCCAAAUUCAAGGCAUCUUUGUAUUACUGGACAAAACUGAAUUAUCUUACAGGGAUGGCAUUACUUGCACAAUAUGUCUUGAAAGAAAAACUGGAGGAGGAGCAUUUAAAAACUAAACAAGCAAAAUUUGAAAAGUAUUUAAGGGUAUAUGAGGAUAUUACCGUUAAGAUUUUGGAAUCCUGCUAUAAGAAAGAUUGGCUGAGAACUUGGUAUCUACUGGUCAAAAAUAUUCCGAAGUGUGAAGAAUCCUGUAUAACGAUCGCUCUAAACACGGACAACAAACUGUUCCUACAACAGCAACCUUGUACUGAUGUCAACAGUGAGUCUUGGUCCACCUACGUUGGAGAAGAUCUGGAUAUGGCAGAACCCACUUAUGGUAUUAAAGAAACUCUACUAUCACCCAUGGGACGUUGUCGAAUGGACAUGAUCUCUUACUUGAUAUUUCUAACGGCCUUCAGUUUACUGUUGGUCUCAAAACUAAACAAAACAACCAUUCACUGGCUUGAAUUCGUGGUCAUGGGCUAUAUAGCUAUUUUCAUUAUAAAGGAGUUUGACCAGUGCUGCAGACAAAUUUGCAAGAGUCUAAAGCAGUGUUGGUACUACAUCAUCGAUCCCUUCAAUAUCUUGGACCAGCUGUCGAUCAAUGUCGCUAUCAUCGCCUGGUCACUUCGCUGGUUGGCAUACAUCUUCCCUGAAGAAGACAGAUUCAUGAUCGCUGCUCGCUACCUGCUGUGUUUUGACUUCAUGCUCUAUAUGUUCCGAUUCCUGGAGUUCUUCUACCAAAACAAAGUUCUUGGUCCGAUUCUAGUGGUCAUCAGACAUAUGGUUAAAACCUAUAUAAAUUUCCUUUUGAUUCUGACAAUUUUCUUGGUGGCCUACUCCAUUGUAUCAGAGAGCAUAUUAUAUCCGGGGCAAGAACUGACCCCAAAUAUCUUUCAUACAGUUUUUCGCCGAGGAUUCUGGGCCACGAUGGGAGAGUACUCUCUCGAUGACCUAGAAGACCCUUCAGAUGGCAAUUGUACUAAUCAGUACCCAAACAACAGCACCUCUAUCCAGAAAAGUUGCCCAACUCAAGACGGCAGAUAUGCUAUUCCAAUUCUGCUUGGCGCCUAUGUUGUAUUCGUCCAGAUACUGAUGUUCAAUUUACUGAUCGCCUUAUUCAACAAUGCUAUCACAGACAACGAAGCCAAAAGGGACAUGAUCUGGAGAUAUCAAAGAUUCCAGCUGACUAUGCAGUAUGCGGAGAGCAAAGUUCUGUUACCUCCCUUUAUUCUGUUGUACUUUUUUUUGAUCAGCAAAGCUGGCAAUCCAUUCAAAUCAAAAAUCGAGGAAGAUUACAUUGCACUCAAAGAUUUCGAACGAUGCUCUGCACUAAAGAUAAUAAAUCAAAUCACUAAGGGGAGUUAUGGCAAAGAAGUCUCAACUGGAGGUAAAAAAGAUAAGGUCAAGAAAAUAGAAUCCAAGGUGGACAAGAUAUUGAAGCUGCUUGAAAAACAAAAGUAGCAGGGGACUGUACUGCUAUUGUAGACUACAACUUCAAGACAAUACUGAUAGAGAAUCCACUUCAAACUGAAGAUUUUAAAAUGAAGACAAUUAAGACAGCAGAUAACUUCGUGAAAUUUUUGAAACGACAUGGAUGUUUAUCACUAGUCAGAGGAGAAGUAAUGAUCUUUCACAUUAGAUUUAUGACAUUUUUAAUUUAACUCCCUCUCUCCGUAAUUAUUUACCACAUUCUGGUUGAAUCAACGCUGGUAUCGCCAGUUAGGAGAGAAAGAGUUAAACUAUUUUUUUAAAAACCUUUUUGAUUAAAUUUUAAUGAAUGAACAUCGGAAUGUAUAUGCUAGAAAUGUUGAUAAUAAUGACAAAGCGAACAUUCGUAACAUUGUAUUAACUUUUUACUAAGGUAUCUAGAGCUUCAAGUGUAAAGUGAAGCCUGCUUGGUAACGAAAUUAAUUAAUUUCAUAUAGCUCAAUCAUCUUUCAUAUUGUACUGGUAUUUGUCAUUUAUAUAUUGAACACCCCUGUCUCAUCACUGUAAAAUGUCAAAUGAGACCCUCUGUGGCUUCUUAUUCGUUGUGGGCAGUCGUUUCGAGGGCCGGAAGGCAAUGUCUUACAGGACGAAUAUUGCACGCAGGUCGUGUUUUUUGGCUUUUUUUUUCGUAAUGGAUUUCAUCAACAAUUAUUACUAUGAGAUCUACAAGAAAACUUCAAUUUCAGCUUAAUAUGUUAUAUUAAAUAAGACAUGCUUUAGCCAGGCAUUAUAAAGAAAUGUUUAGUUCAUAAGUUAUAUGAACUUUCCAGCUUGCAAACUUUUUAUGAUAAGCGUUGGGAUCACUCGUGACCUCAUUUGGUAGCGUCAUUGGAAUUCGGCUAGAACUACACUCGGAAGUCAAGUUAAAUAAACAGGUUUAGCCGAUGGUAAAAAAGAAAAUCAUUUUAUAAAUAAGAAUAACCAUUGAUGUCCACAGAUUUAUCAUAGAUAAUGAAGAUAGACAAUUUUUGACAAGUACUAAUGAUGAAUCUUAUGAAUGUUAAAAAAAUAUAUUGAAAGAUUUAGAUCUAUUGAAAAAUACAUGCAGUUCUAGUGAUGUUUUCCUGUACAUAAGAAAUAAAAGUUAAUUUUUGUAUAUGAUUUUUUUAACAUGCAAUAAGUCCUAUAAUAUCUAUCUAAAUUUAUUUUACAGCCUGCACAAAUUUAUAUAUAAAAAAUUGUAUUUUUUUUUUAUUAUUCAAACGAAACAGAAAUAAUAAUUUAAAUUUGAAUUCUAUUAUAUUUGUUAAAGACACAUGUAUGCUUUAAAAUGUAUACUAUAUUAUACUUAUUUUUCUAACCAUGCUUAUUCUUUAAUAUGUAAACUUUAUGAUUUUAAUUUACAAACAUAUGCACGGUUUGAACUUUUAACUCUUAUU